GUGUGUGUCUGUCCGUGUGACUCGUAAUAUGUGUCAAGAGAGUGAGGGGAGACUUCUCUAUGUAGGUGACUGAAGCUAAUGUGUUUAACAUAAGAGGUCAGAAAGACAGAUCUGUCGAAGUAACAAGUUUUGAUCUGAAUCCCGCUCCACAAUAACGGCACUUGUGCGAAAGUAGAGGAUUUUGUGAAUAAAACAAAGAUUUGUCAAGGGAACUUCUGUCAAGAGGGGAAGGAAAUAAGCCGGACACGUCAGAAGAGGAUAUUUAUUUUGGGAAUCGUAAUAUGAAAAAGGAGCAGGCCGAGAUAUUAGGUUUUGUCCCUCAAAAAGAGAUCGUCUACAACAAACUUCUCCCGUACGCAGAUAAACUAGACCGCGAAUCCAAUGAUAUUUUGGCCCAGAUUAAAGGGAACUUGGGUCGGGCUGUCCAGUUCCGUGAGUUAUGGCCAGGAGUUUUAUUUUGGACCCGGAAACUAUCCACGUACCUUCGGCUGUACGGAAGGAAGUUCAGCAAGGAGGACCAUGUGCUCUUCAUCAAGCUUCUGUACGAGCUGGUCACCAUCCCCAACCUGGAGAUCAGCAUGAUGCAGAGCUUUGCACGACUCCUUAUCAACUUACUGAAAAAGAAAGAACUGCUGUCCCGGGAUGAUUUGGAGUUGCCUUGGAGGCCUUUGUACGAUCUCUAUGAGAGUAUCCUGUACUCCAAAACAGAGCAUCUUGGUCUUAACUGGUUCCCAAAUUAUCGAGCAGAAGCCUCAACUAAACAAAAAAUGCUUAGUAUUGUGCGGAAGCGCUCGGUUGAGAAUGUGUUGAAGACACUAGUAAAGAGCUGCAGACUUUAUUUCCCUGAGUCUGCCACACAGGAGAUGCUUGAUGAGUGGCGACCGUUACUGUGUCCGUUUGAUGUCACUAUGCAGAAGGCCAUCGGGUACUUUGAGCUCUUCUUGCCCACCAUCAUGUCCCCAGAACAGCAUCACAAAGGCUUCAAGUUAUGGUUUGAUGAACUGAUGGAUCUCUGGGUCUCAGUGCAAAACCUGCCCGCUUGGGAGGGUAAUCUAGUGAAUCUUUUUGCACGUCUGGCUAAUGACAACAUUGGCUAUGUGAACUGGGAUCCAUACAUUCCCAAGAUCUUUACCAGGAUCCUACGUAGCUUUAAUCUGCCUGUUGGCACCAGCCAAAUGGUCGUUCCCAGAUACUUGACCAACUCCUAUGAUAUCGGUCACGUGGUCCUCUGGAUUUCCUCCAUGCUGGGCGGCCUACAGAACCAGGCCCAGAAACAGCUUAAUGGGCUCUUCAGUAGUAUAGCAUCCUUCUACCACCCUUCAAAUAACGGACGCUGGCUGAUGAAGCUAAUGAAGCUUCUACAGCGUCUGCCUGCCAGUGUGGUUCGACGUCUACAUCGGGAGCGCUAUAAGAAACCCUGCUGGAUCACCCCUGUUCCCACCAGUCACAGACUCACUGACCAGGAUGUGACGGACUUUGUGGAGAGCAUGAAGCAGCCGGUUCUGAUGGCCAUGUUCAGCAAGACGGGCAGCAUGGACGCAGCUCAGGCCCUGCAGAACCUCGCUCUGAUGAGACCAGAGCUGGUCAUCCCACCUGUGCUGGAGAAGACGUAUCCUGCUAUGGAGACACUGACGGAGCCGCACCAGCUUACUGCCACUCUCAGCUGCAUGAUUGGCAUGGCCCGCAGUCUUCUCAGUGGAGGCCGACAUUAUCCCGAAGGUCCUGCGCACGUCUUGCCCCUGCUAAUGAGAGCACUACCUGGUGUUGACCCUAAUGACUUCAGCAAAUGCAUGAUCACGUUCCAGUUCAUUGCUACUUUCACUACUCUAGUGCCUUUAGUGGACUGUUCAUCAGCCCUCCAUGAGAAGAAUGACUUGACAGAGAUGGAGAGAGAGUUGUGUUCGGCUUCUGCUGAGUUUGAAGACUUUGUUCUGCAGUUUAUGGACAGGUGUUUUGCAUUGAUUGACAGCAGCACUCUGGAGCAGACGCGCGAGGAGACGGAGACAGAGAAAAUGACUCAUUUAGAGAGUCUGGUGGAGCUGGGCCUUUCAUCCACUUUCAGCACCAUUCUGACACAGUGCUCCAUGGAGAUAUUCAAGGUUGCUCUUGAGAAAGUCUUCAAUUUUGCCACCACCAACAUCUUUGAGACUCGUGUCGCAGGCAGGAUGGUGGCAGACAUGUGCAGAGCAUCUGCUAAGUGUCACCCUGCUGAGUCUCUCAGGCUGUUUGUACCACACUGCUGUAACGCCAUUACUCAUCUAACUGCCAAUGAAGAUGUUUUGAAUGAGGAAGAACUGGAUAAAGAACUGCUCUGGAGCCUUCAGCUGCUGUCUGAGGUGACUCGUGUGGAUGGGGAAAAGCUCCUCCCGUACCGCACACAGCUGGUUCAGACUCUGCAGCUGACCCUGCGCAUGCGCUGUAAACAGGGCUACACUCUGGCCUGCAACCUGCUGCACCAUAUCCUGCGUUCCACAGCGCUCACCUACCCCACAGACUACUGCAGUGUGCCCGGCGGCUUCAACAAACCCCUGCAAGAGUACUUGCCCAUCAAGGACUGGGGUCGUCCAGGGGAUCUGUGGCAUCUGGAGAUCCAGUGGCACGUGCCCAGCGCAGAGGAGACAGCAUUUGUGUUCUAUGUUCUGGACCUGUUGCUGCAGCCCGAGCUCCAGCGCCUGCAGAGAUAUGCACAGGGAGAACAGGACAUGAGCAGAGAUGAUGUUCUUCAGAGCCUGUGUAUAGUCCAGCACUGUUUGCUGGGUGCUGGCAGCAUGCUGCCCCCUCUUGAUGGAACCAUAGUCACAGGCCUUGUUCCCAGCCUGCUUAGUUUGGAGGAAACAAAGCUGUACAUUGGUGUUGACUAUGAUAAGUCCAGAGAGAACUACCGUGAGGCCAUCUGUAAAGUGAUGAGACAGUUGCUUCAUUACAUUCUGGAGCGCUCAGAGGAUGACACCAAAUCCCUUUUCGCCAUUAUCAAGAUCAUCAGUGACUUAAUGCACUUCAAAGGUUCCCACAAACACGAGUUUGACUCUCGUUGGAAGAGUUUCACCCUGGUGAAGAAGUCUAUGGAGAAUAGGCUUCAUGGGAAGAAACAGCACAUCCGAGCUCUUCUGAUUGACAGAGUUCUUCUUCAGCAUGAGAUGCGAAAGUUGUUGGUCGAGGGGUGUGAAUACAAGAGUGUCCAUCAGGACCUGUUGAGGGACCUUUUGCGUCUUUCUACCAGCACCUACAGCCAGGUCCGCAGCAAGGCCCAGAAUGUGUUGUUCACAGCUUUGGGCACCUAUAACUUCUGCUGCAGAGACAUUACUCCUCGUGUCCUGGAGCUACUGGAGCCCACACGAACUGAUGUCACCCAGCAACAGUUCAAGGGAGCGUUGUACUGCUUGCUUGGGAACCAUAGUGGAGUGUGCCUUGCUAACUUGCAUGACUGGGACUGCAUCAGUCAGACAUGGCCGGCCAUAGUGCGUUCAGGCCUCAGCUCAGCUAUGUCCCUAGAGAAGCCGUCCAUCGUCAGACUCUUCGAUGACCUCGCAGACAAAGUCCACCGACAGUACGAAACCAUCGGCAUCGAUUUUACUGUACCUGAGAGUGCGGUUUUUCUUGGCCGGAGCAUCACCGAUUCAAGGCAACCCACUCCAUACAUUGGGACUCCCGUAGACCAGGAGCUGGAGCAAGGGCUGGCACUUCAACAAGACAAAAACCAGGAUGCAGAGCAGAAAUAUGAAAAGCUUUUGAAAGAUCUGUUGGAAUGUCUAAAUGACAGGGAUCUGCCUUGGAAGUUUGAGCACAUUGCUAUUGGCUUCCUGUCUCUACUGCUAAGAGAUGACUAUCCUCUCCCGGCUCCUGCGGUGCUCUUCUUUAUACGGAGCCUCAACCACGAUGCGCUAGUUGUUCGCAAGAUGGCGAUUGCCGCUGUGGCAGGCAUACUGAAACAGCUGAAGAGACCACGCAAGAAAAUACCUGUUACUCCUUGUGAUAUAAGUAGUGUAACCGAGCCGGAGGGGCUGGUGGCAGGAGACAGGCCGGGGAACGACUGGCUGCAGUACCAUGGUGACAGCCUGCCGAAAACCCAGCAGGACUGGGACAAUUUCUGCUUUGUAGAAAAGACACACUGGGGAUACUACUGCUGGCCAAAGAAGUUGAUGCUAUAUGCCCCUGAAGCAGAGCAGCCUAAGGAUCUUGCUGCUGAGAACAUGAAUGAGAGGGAACGCAUCAUCUAUGACCAUUUCACAGACCCAGUGUUUAUCAAACAGCUCAUCGAGUUCCUGUCCCUUGAGGACAGAAAGGGCAAAGACAAGUUCAAUCCUCGUCGCUUCUGUCUCUUCAAGGGACUUUUCCGGAACUACAGUGAUGCCUUCCUGCCUGUUCUAAAGCCUCAUAUGGAGCGGCUGGCAGAUGACUCUCAUGAGAGCACCCAGCGCUGUGUGGCUGAGAUCAUCGCAGGCCUGGUUAGAGGCAGCAAGCACUGGAGCUUUGGCAAGGUGGAGGCAUUAUGGACAUUCCUUAUUCCUUUGAUGCGAACAGCACUGUCCAAGAUUACUGUUGAGACCUACGCUGACUGGGGUACCUGUGUGGCCACUGCCUGUGAGAGCCGAGAUCCACGAAAGCUCCACUGGCUUCUCGAGAUGCUGAUGGAGUGUCCUCUCAGCGGGGAAGGUGGAUCAUUUGUAGAUGCCUGCCACCUGUAUGUGCUGCAGGGUGGUCUGGCACAGCAGGAGUGGAGGGUCCCAGAGCUGCUACACAGAUUGCUUAGUUACCUGGAGCCCAAACUCACUCAGGUUUAUAAGAAUGUGAGAGAGCGCAUCGGCAGUGUGCUGACGUACAUUUUCAUGAUUGAUGUCAACCUGCCGUGUACUCUGCCUACUAAGUCCCCACACAUCGCUGAGUUUACCGAAAGGAUCUUGUCUCAGCUGAAGCCCCUGAUUGAGGGGGACGAAGAGAUUCAGAACCACGUGGUGGAAGAGAACGGAGUGGGAGAGCAGGACGAGAGGACCCAGGCCAUUAAACUCUUCAAAACAGUUCUGAAGUGGCUGAUGGCCAGUGCGGGGCGCUCCUUCUCUACACCAGUACCUCAGCAACUACAGCUGCUGCCCCUGCUUUUUAAGAUCGCUCCCGUAGAAAACGAUGACAGCUAUGAUGAGCUGAAGAGAGAUGCAAAGACGUGUCUGUCUCUCGUGUCUCAGGGUCUCCUCUAUCCUCAGCAGAUCCCUCUGGUACUGAAGGUGCUACAUGAGAUCGCUGGCAGCAGCUCUUGGCAUGCACGAUUCUCAGUGCUAACAUACCUCCAGAUAAUGGUGUUCUAUAAUCUGUUCACCAUACUGAGCACCGAGCAGGCUGUUCAGGAUGUAAGAACACUGGUCAUCAGGCUACUGGAGGAUGAGCAGCUGGAGGUGAGAGAGAUGGCUGCCACCACUCUCAGCGGCUUCCUGCAGUGUAACUUCUUGGCAAUGGAUGCCUCCAUGCAGACUCACUUUGAGGCUCUAUGCAAAACCAGAUUGCCCAAAAAGAGGAAAAGAGACUUGGGCUCUGUGGUGGAUACCAUUCCUUCAGUUGAUCUGGUGCGGCGUCACGCUGGAGUGCUGGGACUCAGCGCUUGCAUCCUAUCCAGCCCGUAUGAUGUCCCGACCUGGAUGCCUCAGCUCCUCAUGGACCUCAGCGCUCACCUCAACGACACGCAGCCGAUCGAGAUGACUGUGAAAAAGACUCUGUCUAAUUUCCGCCGCACUCAUCACGACAACUGGCUGGAGCACAAGCAGCAGUUCACGGACGACCAGCUCGUGGUGCUCACAGACCUUCUCGUGUCACCUUGCUACUAUGCAUAGAUUGGGUUGAAACAAUGUUUCUGCAGGUUUUAGUUAUUUCUUUUUUUUUUUUUUUUUUACUUUAUAUUCAAAUAAAAUAUCUUCUGCAUUCAUGGGGAUGUGACGGGAGGACACAGACGCUCAGGAUCUCAGCAUCUGUAGCAGAACCUCUCGAACCCAGACCCAGGAGCCCACUAAACCAUGAGUAUGAUGAGAGGAGGGCAGGAGGCACGUAUAGGCAUGAAGGAGUCGAAUGGAGUACACAUACACGAACAUGUGUUUCAACGACUUAGAAAUAUACUCUGUACGUACUGUUUGUAUGUAUAUAUCUAGCCCAUAUUUUUGCAUUUCAACUAUACUUAAUAUUUAAGGUUUACCAGCGCAGGGAUGUACUGCCUGCAGUCUGUAAUGUUGUUGUACAGAUAGAUGAUCCCCCCGACCCCUCCCCUCUAAUCCUGGGUUGACAUUAAAAGUGUGAUGAAGGACAGAAUGCCUAUGGGUUGCCCCAUAAAUCCAACUCCAAAGCCCCCAUCAUGCUCUCUUGACUUGAGGUUCUCAGUGAUCCGAGCAUGUUUAGAAUUGUCAAAACCACUUUUCCCCAUUACACUGGGAUAUUUUUCAUCGUUUAGCAUUUUGUUUUUUCUUUAAACCUUUUACAGCUAGGAGCAUGUGAUUCUCGGUUGAGUGACAUAGAGACAGCAUCUUUUCGACUUAAAUCUCCGUGGUAAUCGGAUGCGGCAUGCACCUCUUUGGCUGUUGUUGCUCUACGCUAGACUGGCAUCAGUAACUUGAUGAAGUAUAUAUUGGGGCUGAGCCCUCCUAUUUUUUUAUCAUUACAUGAGGACGCAAGUCUGAGUACUGUGACGUUAUUGUAGGAAGGUUUGACAUUGUCCUGUAGCUCUCUGCUCACUUGCCAUCACAACAGGGUUUUGUUUUGUCCUAUGUGUUUGUGUAUUCAUAUGUGUAUGUAUGCAUUUGUGUAUUGUACAUACGCAUUUAUCUAUGCAUAAACGAAUGACACGUCUUCUAGCGAGAACGGCCUGACCAGA